CUGUAUGAUGUUCCUGUCUCAUUUAUUAGAGAAGGUCGGUGAAAAUCAAGAGAAAAUAUAAUAUAAUGCCGCAGGAAGAAGAUGAAGAAUUGGCCAUGGAGAUCACCAGCUUGAGAAAAGAACUGCAAAUUGCUGUGGACAAAUCAGAUUUUCUAGAGAAAGAAAAUCAAGAACUCAGACAAGAAUUGGGUCGUCUCAAAUCGCAGAUUCAGUCUCUCAAAGCUCACAACAAUGACAGAAAAUCCCUUCUCUGGAAGAAAUUUUACAACUCCAUGGAUGCAGAGUCGCCGCCGGCGACUGACAAACGGGAGGCGACCAAAUCAUCGCCGAAACAGCCUGUUUGGGUCGCCGUGAAAGAGAGCCAGAGAAUGCCGGAGGGGGCACCGGCUCCGGCUCCGGCGCCCCCGCCGCCGCCGCUUCCGACGAAGCUGCUCGCCGGAUCAAAGGCAGUGCGGCGAGUACCGGAAGUGUUGGAGCUGUACCGCUCGCUGACGAAACGAGAUGCGCAAAAGGAAAACAAGGCCGCUCACGGCGGAUUUCCGGCGGUGGCAUUCACCAAAAAUAUGAUCGGAGAAAUCGAAAACCGGUCAGCGUAUCUCACUGCGAUAAAAUCAGAGGUGGAAACACACGGAGAGUUCGUGAACUGGCUGAUCAAGGAAGUGGAAGGGGCAGCACCAAGGGACAUAACAGAGGUGGAGAGGUUCGUGAACUGGCUGGACAGAGAGCUGGGGUCGCUGGUAGAUGAGAGGGCAGUGCUGAAGCACUUCCCACGGUGGCCUGAGGGGAAGGCGGAUGCACUGCGGGAGGCAGCAUUCAGUUACAGGGACCUGAAGAGCCUGGAGAGUGAAGUAUGUUCCUUCAGAGACAAUCCGAAGGAGGAGAUGGGUGUGGUACUGAAGAGGGCUCAGGCGCUGCAAGACAGGCUGGAGCAGAGUGUGAGCAAUGUGGAGAAGACGAGGGAGUUCAGUUGUAACAAGUACAGAAAUUUUAGAAUACCCUGCGAAUGGAUGUUCGAAUCUGGACUUGUCGGUCAGAUGAAGUUAAGCUCAUUGAGGCUGGCCAAGGAAUACAUGCGAAGGAUAACAAGAGAACUCCAAUCAAUCGAUAACACGCAACAAGCAGAUAAUCUUCUUCUUCAAGGGGUUCGAUUUGCUUACAGGGUUCACCAGUAUGCAGGCGGUUUCGAUUCAGACGCUAUAGCAGCAUUUGAAGGACUGAAGAAAGUUGGGCUGAGUAGUCAAAGAAAAUAGACUUCUGGGUUAUAGAUUAUAGGCUUUUACUAGAAAUCUGUCAGCUGUUGGCAACUUUACUAGAAAACAGCUCUUGUAAGAAUCAGCAUUGUAGAGCACAUUGUAGAAAAUGAUGUGUACAAAAUGCUUGAUCAAGACAAUUGAGGGUUCUUCUAUACCUAAAUCAAUCCUAUCCUAUUGCAACUCUUGCACAAUCGCAAGACAAAUAGCAUAACAGAAUAACUAUCUUAGCUAUAAAAAAAUAAAGUCAUUAAAUUGAUAUAACCCUCCAAGAGCAACAAUCCAACUUUCAUAACAAAAAAUAUGAAGAACCUAAAUUAUCAAUUGGACAACUAUUUUUUAAAAAAAUGGUACAAGUAUCCCCACCCUCAGAAAUCAAAAAACCCUGUAUUUUAGUUUCCUAAGGGCUCAAGGGUACAAAACUCAAUGCAAAUGAAAAAUCAAGAAAUCAAAUUCCAUAUCCAUGAUGACAUGAUUAUGAUUCAAUCAAAUGGUUUGUUCUGAACCAAAUGAAUCUAUGAGAAAAGAUCUAGAAGACCUAUUCAUGGCACCUUCAUCUGCUACAUUUCCAAAUUGAGCACUUCCAGAAAUUUCCCAAGGGUUCAUGUUUAAAGAGAAUAGGAUAGAUAUAACGCCGCAAGCUUAAUAAUAACACUACUGCUGCAGAAAAUAAGGAAUAUUGAACAGUAUAUGAAAAUCACUUGAUAAAAACGAUUAAGCUGAUGAAAAUCCAGUUCUCAAUUGAAGACAACUAAAUGUUUCUCGAUCACAUAGCAAUAAAUAAAAAAGCAUUUCAAAAUGGUAACGCGACAAAAA